AUGCGACGUUCAAGAGGCAUUGUCCUAGCUUUCUUUAUUGUUGCACUUGUCUUCUUUCUUGGGCUCCAACAUCCACCAUUCAAACAAUACCUUGCCAAAAAUGCCCCUAUUUCCCACCUCAGACAAUUAUUCAUGAUGUAUGAGAGCCCUAAACAACUUGCUGAGUUUGAUAAAAAAAUAUUGCAAACUUUCGAAUUUUACAAGAGCAAAAUUGGCCAAGGAGGGGUGAUAGAAGCAAGUGAUGAAAAGAAGCUUGAAUUUACCCAAAAGGUAUUGGUUGAGACUCGUUUUACAAAUGAUGAUUCUUUUAGUGUAAUUAAUGUUCCACCAAAGGAAGACAUACCAGUUUUUCAGAAAUAUGAUCCCCGGUUUACAUUUGGAUUGUUGUUGAAAUAUAUCAAUGAUAAGAGUAAUGAGAAAGAACUAAUUCAACCGGAAACUUUCAACAUUCCAGUUUUCCAUUGGGCAGACUAUGUUGAUAUGACGCCAUUGGAGGAUUACAUAUUCACAACAGAAAAGAAAACCUGUCAGCACUUUGACGUAAGGACUGGUGAUUCUCGUAAGAAUAUGGGUGAGAAUUUACUUGACCCUGAUGAUUAUUGCAUUGAUGAUGGUGAUGCCAUGGAAAGUGUGUUGCAAAAUCCAUUAAAACAAAUGAAGUACCCUAGUCAUAUAUUUGAGUCAAUGAAACAAGUGCAAAAGGAGUCAGCACAAAAUCCAGCGUUAAGUACGGGGUUCCAUAUCCAUAGAUGGACUGGAAGAGGCAAAACAGCACUAAGACCAGUCAUUGCACGAUCUUAUCUUUAUGAUUUCAUGCCAGUUCCGUUAACAAUUACAUUUUUGUUACCUGAGGACAAGUUUAUUCAAUUCAAUGUUAAACAGGGACAACGACAAAAGUUACGGGACUCAGACUUGUUAUUUGAAGGGCCGAUCAAUAUUAAAGACGAGAUUUCAAGAUUUGCUAACAAGGUAUCCACUUCGAGAAAAGUGUUACCUUUUGAGUCUCAUCUUCAACAUGAUGAUUUUAUUGACAAGAGCGCUGGUGUUGUGCGUAAAUUGGGAGCUGAAGCCAACCCCUUGAAUCAAACUGACCAAAAUUACCUUGCUGGGCUCAGGUACUCUCUAAGAGAAGAAAACCCACCAAAACAUUUCCGUGAGGCCAACAUCAUUAAGGAAGAACCCAAUUUUGGAUUUGGAAGCAAUUACGAUUGGCGCUUCUUCACCGGUAUAAUCAACAAAACACCACAGCUGCAACUGGCCAAUGGUCGUUUGCUAAAAGCAUUUCUCAAAUUGACAAAUCGGUAUGGAAUUAAGUCUUGGGUAUCUCAUGGUUCACUUUUAGGCUGGUACUGGAAUGGGUUGAGGUUACCUUGGGAACCUGAUGUAAGUAUACAAUUGCCCAUUCGAGAUUUCCAUCGGUUGACACGAUUAUUCAAUCAGAGUAUUGUUGUUGAUUUUGGUAAUGAUUUGGAUAAAGAGACUAGAUUUGGACGCUACUUUCUAGAUUCAGCAUCAUUACUUUCACAGCGAACGAAGGGCAACACGAACAAUAUCAUUGAUGCUAGAUUUAUCGAUAUAGAUACCGGAGUCAAGAUUGAUAUUACUGCAUUGGCAGUGAGUGAUACUCUUGCACCAUCAAGAUAUUAUGAGCAAUCGGCUGUUGGACAUGAUACAUUGAAAUCAAUGACACCUUUGAAUAGGAAUAACAUGUUGCAAUUGUACAAUUGUCGCAAAGAACAAUUUAUUGCCAUGAAUCAAUUGGAUCCACUCAGAUUAAGUAUGGUACAGGGAGAGUACGGCUACAUCCCGUAUGGAUUUGACCUGAUUAUGCAGAACGAGUACAACACCAAAGGUAAAGUAAGCACCUUCACCAACAACUAUGUUUAUUUGCCCAAAUUGCGAAUGUGGACGAGUGCCCUAGUCAUUGUCGAUUUCUUGAGAACAAAUCAUCUUGAUGAAAGUAGAUUGGACAUAUAUCAAGAAGGUGGUGCCGAUAUGAUUAGUAUUGAUCUAAAUGAUAAGGAAUACAUUGAAUUUUUGUAUUACGCAGAAAAUGUAUUACGAGAUUUCCUAAAUACUCGUGAAGUUACAUCGUUGCAUGAUGUGGAGUUACAAAGAUUGUUAAAGGGAAGGUCAACUAAGGGUUUGUUUGUUAAAAAUGGUUUUGCAUUAUUAGGGUUGGCAUCAAUCAUGAAUCCCGAAACGAGUAGAGCUCCAUUAUACAUGGACUAUUUUGUCAAUGAAACAAGGUAUUAUGAUGGGUAUUAUAGUUUUGAGGAUCAAUUACUCAGAUUGAAGCAUAUGACUAGGGAACAUGAGUUGAAUUGGCAAGCAAAGGAGGAAGAGGAGAAGGAAAUGGAAGAGGAGAAGAAAAAAGCAGCAGCCGCUGAAGAAGAGAGGAAAAAGGAAGCGGCUGCUGAGGAAAAGAAGAAGAAAGCGGCUGCUGAGGAAGAGAGGAAAAAGGCAGCCGCUGCUGAGGAAGAGAGGAAGAAAGCGGCUGCUGAGGAAGAGAGGAAAAAGGCAGCUGCUGCCCAAAAAGCACGUGCGGAGGACAUCAAGAAGGAAGCUGAAGAGAUGAAAGAAAUUGAACAGGGUAAUAAUAAAGUUGACGAAACAAAGAAGUUGGCAGAUGAAGAGAUGAAAAAAGCUGAAGAGAAGUUGAGCAAACCUUAA